AUGCCAGCCCAAGCCCCUCUCACCCACCUUCAGCUCAUCGCAGCUGACAGCAUCAGCGCUCUCUACGACAACGACACCGAGACGCUCUUCCUCAAGGCCUCCGGCAAGCACGUAGACAUCACCCGGGACAUUACCUUCCACCGCCUGCCGUUCACGGGUGGACUCCUCUUUCAGCUACAAGGCUGGGUCGGCCCCAUCAUCAACAACGAGUCGCCCUACUCCAUCACCCAGGGCUUCAACAUCCAGCUCCCUAGUCGUGUGUUCCCAUCCAACACCGUGGUCGUGAACACUGAGAACAAGAAGAGCUGGGUCAUUCCCAUCCGCCCGCUCCUCAAGGAUGGCCGCCAGGAGAGUCAAGCCGCUCCAGACGGCGAGGCCCCACCUAACAUCCCUGAGGUCAAGGUUGUAUCCGGCAAUUCGGAGAUCGUCACGGGGCUCGGGCAGACCUUCACCCUCAAGCAGUCCGAUUCGUUCAAAGGUCAGGGGGGAACCGUCAACGUUGCCUUUGAUAGGAACUACAUCAGCCUGAUUAACGCUGGAAUCGACAAUGGAAACAUUGAGUGGAAUUUCACCUCCCAACAGGUCGGCACCACCGAGGUAGGCGUCUUCGUCGGCCAGUCCAACCCCCCCUUCAUGUACCGCGUGGUCUACGACGUGAGCAUUGUGCCGCCCAACGAUGCUACACAGGCCAAGCCCCUUGCCUCUUUCUCCGUUUCCCCUGCCAAUGGUUCCUCCAACGGCUCCAAGGUUGCUGCUACCAAGAAGAACGCUGCCAGCCUCCCCCUGUCGUGGGAUGGGUUCGUCAACAUUGGCUUCAACAUAAUCAAGCAGCAAUUCCCCGAUGCCAAGUUGUACGAAAUUGAUGCCACCCCCGCGACAACCGAGCCGGUUGAGAAUGAGUGGGGUCUUGUCAACAACCGCAUCGUGGCGAGUCUCGACGGUAACAGGACAGCAAUCAUCCAGUCCAACGGCUGGGGCUCUUUCGGCCCAGUCGACGUCAUCCAGUCUCCAUUUGUGGGAGACUAUGUCAUUUCCUGGCCUGUGCCUUUGGAGAUUCAUCAGGCCUUUUCCAUCCUCCGAAAGGGAGGGUACCAGCAGCCUGUCGGGGCGGUUACACUGCGCAAGCCCCUAGUCCCAGGCGUCGACCAGGCGUUCUAUAUUUUCAAUGUUGGAAACGAGUUCAUCGCUGUUGGUGUUGAGGACAAGCAGAUCCAUAACUUUGGUCCCACUGGACGUGAGGUUCAGCAGGGUUAG